UUUCUACCGGUAAAAAAGACUUCUAUAAACUUGAUCUGCACGGAGCCUUAUGCAAUCGAGUGCCCUCUAUUAAACUAAGCAAAAAAGAACGGUGGGAGAAAUGCUUUUGAUUUUCGUAGAAUUGCUCGAAAAAAAGGACCAUUUCGAAUUCGGCAAAAACCAGCAAAAACUUGGUUUAGUGUGCAAAAUGAGUUUUUUAAGAUUGUUUCGACAAAGUCAAUAGUGCAUUUUGUAGAGAAAUAAAUUCGUUAUCCACUGAUAUACUUUCUGAAACUUUUUAAAAAACUAAGUAGGUCAGAAAAUUAAAAUAAAAAAACUUCUUAAUUUUAAACUUGAAUUUUCGAUUUAAAAGUUUGAGUUUCGUUCGUUUUAAAGUUGAUAUUUGUAAUCAGCGUAAAAAACUGCGUCUAAUGAUAUACUUUUAAGGCUGGUUUGAGAGAAAAAAUAUUGCUCAACCCACCGCAGCUAAGGGUGACAGUUACGCGCUUUAGCCGAUAUCCAUCCAAUGAUGAAAAUUUUCAGUUUUGUAUAAAUUCGUUAUCGCAUAAUAGUUCUGUAUUUUACUUUAGUUCUUCGGUGAUGAAUUGUCAAACUUUCCAAAGACAUUUUAUACCUCAACAGUAAUCAAUGACUGGGAUUUAUUUUCUCUAUAUACCAAACUCAAUUAUACUUUUGUAAAUACUUUUGAUAAUCAUGUUCAAUUUUACAUCGACAAAGGACACAAAUUGCCCACAUUAACAAUCAAUUACAAAUCAAUGCGUAGAAAUGACCAACAAGCAUUUCUAUUGGAUGUCGUAUAUGAAGAUACAAUCCAUAAUCUUCACAAUUUUAGGUCAAAUUUUAGCUGCGAAAAGAGUGGAAUACAAUCAUUUGUAGAAACAGAGUUCAAUAAUGAGACAAUUAUUAAUGGACAAUUUCAAAUGUCUCAUAAAAUACUACAUGAAUAUGAUAUCACUGCACGUGUAGUACACAAGCACUGCUUAAUCGAAAGUGAAGGAACGAUUUUUUUAGAGAAAAUAAAUGAUACAAGUUUAAAAUUAAACAUUCAUUCACCGAUCGUAGAAACAGUGCAUGGGGUAUGAGUCAAAAGGUACAUUCAACCUGAAAAAGCAGGUAACUUUGAUCUAGUUAAUAUAAGAAUAUAUUCGUCCAUUGUAAACAAGUUUAAUAAGAAUUUUACUAGUUCAAAGAUGUUCUCAACUAUUGACUGUUUGUAUGUAUCAGAUAGCGAUACGUUAAAAUUCAAUGUCAUUGUCAAUCUAAGAAACAAAUACGAAUUUAACUUUUUAAACGAAUUAAAUUUUAUUUACAAGAGAUUGCAGACAUUGAAAUUAUACUCGAAUUAUUCUAUUACACAAGCAUCAGUUUAUCAUUUAAAUUCAUCAUUACAGUUGAGUGACAAUAGUUCAAAAAUUGAUGAACUAUUUACAAUCUUCAAACAUGUUCACUUAACAAAUCCAUUCACUGUUGAGUAUAAACGAGCUCAAACAUGUAAAAUUGAUUUGUUUGGUUAUUUAGUUUAUGGUUAUGCAUAUUUAAAUGAUAAAACCUAUGGAUGGAAAUUAAAGUAUAAAAAUAAUGGUUCCAGAUUAAUAGUCACUGUUGAUAAUGAUCCAUGGAUAAUGGGCAGAAAUUAUUUGAGUACAUGGACAUUUAAACCAUUCAUUCAAGGACAUAUUCAAUUAGAAAUACCACCUUACCAUAUUUUAGAUGAACAAACAUUGACUUUCAAUAUGUCUGUACUUGAUAUAUUGUCUAAUGAAAUUGUAUCUUACAUAGCUAAUACCAAACUAUCAAAUCAUUUUAGAAAAAUGAGGGGCAAAAUGAAUCAAAAUUUAUAUAAUAAACAAAUAAAUUAUAUCGAUACAGAAUAUGAUUUAACAGAUAUAGACAAACGUGUCUAUUUCAAUCUUUUGUAUAAUAAUCUUACAAAAUAUGAGAUUGCAUGGACAAAUUUAUCAAAAGAUGAUAUCAAAAUAGGUGAACUCCGAUAUACACAAUUAUUAAUAAAAAAAAAUAUCACAAAACUAUUACCAAUUAAAUACAGUUAUCGUAUAUCAGAAGAUCGUGAUUAUCUCCUCACAUGUCAUGUUCCUUUCACUUCACUAUUUCCAUUAUUACACGCAUUCAAAUUGUAUCUAUCUGGAAACUCUAGUAAUAAGCGUCAAACAAAUUUCAUAUCAAUGCAUCUACCCAUCAUGGUGAACGAGAUAUUUAGCAUCAAUUGGGAACGUGAUAUUAUUUUUGAUAGUAUUAUACAUUGGAAAUAUGCUGGCAUUCUGAAUACAAAAAUAUGGAAUCGUCAAUUGAUUAAUUUAAAUUAUAAUUUAAAUUUUCAGUCAUUAACUGAACAUGCUAUUUAUUUGGAAAGUGUUUUAUUCAAUUUUCAACCUAUAAUUUUUUAUUUGAACACAAACAAUGGCUAUUUUCAAAAAUAUUCCAUUACAACAAAAUUACUUGCAAAUAAUAAAGGAAUUAUUGAACUUGUAACAAUUUAUCAUACUACUCCUAAUAUAAUUUAUCAAUAUUUUGAUAUUCAGACAAUAUUUGAUCCUAUUAAACACAUUAAUAUUCAAUUGAAUUUUACAAAAAAUGAUACAAAUAAUUAUUACAUUGAUGGUAGUUUUAUUUUGAAUGAUUUAUCACAAAAUAUUAAUGGAAAUGUAAAUAAAGUAGAAAUAGAUGUACUCAAUAUAACUCUCGAAUCUCAUGGUUAUGUUGAGUUAUCAGUUUCAACAAUAUUAAUAAUAAAAUCAAGUCAAAAACGAUUAAAAUCAAUUAUAAACUAUCAAGAUUUGAUAGUUGGAUUACUACUGGAAAGAUUCAAUACACAUAAUUCAACGUUUGAAGAUGAUCAAGACAUUAUACAACAAUGUAAUCCUUAUCUGAUCAUUCAAAGUCGUCCAACUUAUGUUAUCGGCCACUAUUAUGUUUUAAAUGAUGGUUUGACAACAAUGCACUCAUCCUGGACAACUUCAUAUUUCUCUUGGAAUGUAUCGACAAUUGUACAUGAUUUUCCUCUUACUGCUAUUGAACUGGAUACAAGAACAGCUGAGAAAAUAUUUCGUCUACAUGAUUCUAAAUCAAAAUAUAUUUUACAUGUGAAUAAAAAUCAUGGUAAAGUGUUAUUUCGUCGUGAACGAUUAUACGAUGAUUUUGAUGAGAUUUAUGAAGUAAAUAUAAAACUACAUUUCCCAUGUAAGAAUAUAUAUUGUUACCAAACAAAAAUAAUGGAUAUUUAUGUUCGAUUGAUUGAAAAUAAAUACACAAUUAAUAUUACUCAAUGUGAAGAAUUAGAUCCAAGUGGUAAAAAGGUGAGAUUAUGUUGGAAUAUUACUGGUCAACUUCAUCAACAGAAAUUAGCAGGAAAGUUUAUUAUUGGUGCUAAAAUGCCUACAAUGAUCGUGAAAGGGAUGAUCAAAGGAGAACAGAAUCGUUCUUUUAUGUUUGCUAGUGGGCAUUAUGUAGAAUUAAUCGAAUCUAAACGUGAAUACGAUGAAUUAUGGCCGUUUAACUUUCAAAUAUUGUUUAAAAAAGAUUUAAAUGAUGUUUGUUUUGACAUUGCUAUUGAACAUGCCUCUAAUGAUUCUAAUAAUUUCCAGACGAUUAUAAAAGUCUUCCAUAAAUAUUCAAAUACAGAUUUAUUUUUUUCUCAACAUUUAAACGUGAUGAAUAAAACAUAUGGAGAAGAUCAUACUAGUUAUUCAGCUAACUUACAUUUCAAUGAUCUUAUCAAUGAGACAUGGACUUUUAAUGGUCAAAACUUGAAACUAAAUAACUCCAAGAAACAUAUUAGUUUUACAUUAAAAGAUAUAAUAAGGAAUAGAGAUUUAACUGGUAAUGUUUAUAUUCAUCAAACCACAAAAAGUUUGUCUUCGAUAACAUUGACUAAUUACAAUCAUUCUGUACGAUACAAUGAACUAAAUUUGCUAAAGUUUUUUAAUGAGAUAAAAAUUGAACGCAUAAUCAAUAAUCACAGUGGCCUAUCAUUGAAUAUUAAAAGUAAUCUACAGUCCGUAGUUAAUAAGACAAUUUUAAUUGUUUACUCUAAAAAUGAAUUAAAAUUAAUAGCAAAUGUUUUUGUGAAUGAAAGUAGUCGAGAAAUUUCUCUGAUAGGAAAUCAUUCAAAAAAAAACGGACUCUACAUACAUGGUCACAAUCGGUAUGUUCGAAAUAUGAAUCAUAUUGAGGAACAAGGAUUUACAUUGACAUAUUUCAAAAAUGGUCGAUUUUAUAUUCAUGGCCGCGAUAUUGAAACUCCUAUUUUCGAUAUUGGAUUAGACUAUUACAUAGAUAAAUCUAAUGUUAAAAGUUAUUUUUUUGAAUUAUUACCACUACAAAAAUCUCAGUUUUCCUUGGUGCGUGGUCGAAAAUUUAAAAUUGGUUAUAAAACGUCUCAAGAUCGUUUGAUGAUUGAAGGAAGUUUAGCUUUUGGUCUAGAACAUUCUAGAAUAAUUGUCAUGAAACAACGAUGGAAAUUCUUAUAUGGUAACGAUGGACGAUUAUAUCUUGACUGGAAUAUAAAAUAUAAUCCCACAACAAAGAUGUUGACUGGAACACUGAAUAUAAAAUCACCGGAUGAAGAAGAGAUGCUAGCACCGUUAAAAUUUGAGAUUAAUAUGAAAUUUAAUAAAGAUGAAAAAGAUUUUACAAUAAAAACAAUAUAUUCAAAUGAACCAAAACCCGUUGUAUUUCAUCUUCUGUUUUCUAAGAACCAAACAGAUAGUUUUAGAUUAAAAAUGAAUUUAGAACAUGAACACACGAAUACAGACUUAAGUUUUCGUUUAGACUAUUUAAAUUUAAAAAAUAAUCAGUUUAAAAUUGGCACCUAUUUGCAAUCAAGAAGUAAUCUCAACUUUACAAUGUUGCUGAUUGAUGUUAUUCAAACAGAGGUGAAUGCAAUACGAACUGUUAUUAUGUUUACGCCAUUGUAUGGUGAUUCGUAUGAAAUGAAAAUACUAAUACCAAAAUCAUUAUCAACAGAUAUAAUUCAUUCGGCAUUCUACAUAAAAAAGUCAAAUGGAAAAUAUUUGGAAUAUAUUGAUAUCAUGUUGGAUAAAUCACAGCGCCAUAUAAAAAUGUUAACGAGUCCAAAUUAUGAAUUAAACAUUAGUAAUCCUCGUACAAACAUAUUGUUUCUCGUAUGUCUAAAUGAUCAAACAACAAACAAAAGCGUAGCAAGUGUUUCUGUUUUUAAAGGCAAAGAAAAAUCAUCUGCCAUUAUACAGUUAUAUAGAGAUAAUGAAUACAUUAAGAAUAAUAUUGAACAAAAAGUGUCCCCAAUGUUAACACGCAAUAGUAUGGUUGAGACUGUUCGAUUGAACUUUCAGAAAUUAUUUAAUCUACAGUUAAUUGUCAACGACCAAUAUGACAAUAAUACAACAGAUAUAUUUCUAAAUGAUCUAACGAUAUUUUUGAAUACUCUUAAAGACGAUUUUACUGCAGAACACGGUGAAUUUGGUACUCAGUUAUUAGAUGAGCUAAAAUUAAAUCCGGAUGUAAGAGCUAUGCUGGUCACAGUUAAAACAAUGAGUGAAAAAGUUAUUGAUCAUGUUUUUAAAUUGGGUUCGCUGAUCGAAAAUGGACUACAGGAUUAUUUAAACAAUUUGCAGUUCUUGCAAAACUAUCAAAAUUUACUUCAACAAAAUAUACUGAAAGUGAUUGAAUAUCUAAUUAACGCUUUUUUGAUAAACGGAAUAGUGAAACAAAUUGAUAAUGCUGAAAAUAUUUUAAAAUAUCUUUUAAAAAAUCAGCAUUCAUUUGCAGCCCUAAUAGAUUAUCUCAAUAAGAAUGCCAUUCAAUCUUAUUAUGCGUUUAUACAACAACUAUUUAUGGAUACAAAAUUUCACAUUUUAUUAAAAGCGAUCGAUUAUGCUAAUAUAAACGAGAUACGCAUACGAAACUUCACCAACUUAUUACAAUCAACAUCGAAUGAAAUUAUUCUAGACGACCUAGACACAUACACAUUUAAACGUGUUCUAUCUCGUCUAUUAAUCAUAAUGAUUCCAGAUAAUUUUAAUAGAUUCUAUCAUUAUUUAAAUAACCAUUUUAUUCAAUUCAUAACGGUGUGGAAGAAUUCACCAUUUGAAGAAAAGUUAAUUCGAACAUUUGCUUAUCAAACAACAGUGCUAAUCAAUAAAAUCAAAGGUACAAUUGAUGAAAAAUUGGAUGUCCUAUUACCAAAAGUGCUCAUGAAUAAUAAUCAAAGUUAUAUUUUAACUUGGCCAGAAACAUUUUUUAUGAACAAACAUAUUAAUUCAACAGCUUUCAAUUCAGCAGUUUAA